AAAAGAAAAGAAAAAAGAAAAGAAAAGAAUUGACAAAAAGAAAAAGAAAGAGGGAGAGAGGAAGAGAGAGAGAGAGAGGGGCUGGAAUCACAUGGGCUUGUUGUUGUUGUUGUUGUAAUCGUUGUUGAUGUUGUCUUUCUCUCUCUCUGUCUAAUUUGACACCCCCUCUCUCUCAUCCUCUGUGUUUUGUUUUGUUGGGUCGUCUUCUUCUUCUUUUUUUGGCCAUCUCUAUUAUUGCCUUAACAUGAUCUUUCUCUACUAAUUUCUGAGGCAAAUACAAAUUUAAUCAGCAUCAGCUUUCUUUCCUUUUCUCUUACACAUGGCUGAAGAUAAGGAAAUGACCACCCGUGUUGCUGAUGGGAAUGAUCCGGUCACCGGGCAUAUAAUUUCGACUACAAUUGGGGGUAAAAAUGGAGAGCCCAAGCAGACCAUCAGUUACAUGGCAGAGCGAGUUGUGGGAACAGGGUCAUUUGGUGUAGUCUUCCAGGCAAAAUGUUUGGAAACCGGGGAGACUGUAGCGAUAAAGAAGGUUUUGCAGGACAGAAGAUAUAAGAAUCGAGAAUUGCAGCUAAUGCGGGUGAUGGAUCAUCCUAAUGUGAUUUCCCUGAAGCACUGUUUCUUUUCCACGACAAAUAACAAUGAACUCUUUCUUAACUUGGUCAUGGAGUAUGUUCCCGAGAGCAUGUAUCGUGUGUUGAAGCAUUACAGCAAUGCAAAACAAACAAUGCCGCUUAUUUAUGUGAAACUUUACAUGUACCAGAUUUUCAGGGGACUGGCUUAUAUCCAUGCUGUUCCUGGAGUUUGCCAUCGGGAUUUAAAGCCACAAAAUCUUUUGGUUGAUCCACUCACUCACCAGGUUAAGCUUUGCGAUUUUGGAAGUGCAAAAGUGCUGGUCAAAGGUGAAGCUAACAUAUCAUACAUAUGUUCCCGAUUCUAUCGGGCUCCAGAACUUAUAUUCGGUGCCACAGAAUAUACAACAUCAAUCGACAUAUGGUCUGCUGGUUGUGUCCUUGCUGAGCUGCUCCUUGGCCAGCCACUAUUUCCAGGAGAAAAUGCAGUGGACCAGCUUGUAGAUAUUAUUAAGGUUCUUGGCACUCCAACAAGAGAAGAAAUUCGAUGUAUGAACCCAAAUUAUACUGAUUUUAGGUUUCCACAGAUAAAGGCACACCCAUGGCACAAGGUUUUCCACAAGAGGAUGCCUCCAGAGGCAAUUGAUCUUGCAUCACGACUGCUGCAAUACUCACCAAGUCUUCGCUGCACGGCGUUGGAAGCAUGUGCACACCCUUUCUUUGAUGAACUCCGAGAACCCAAUGCUCGCCUGCCAAAUGGCCGCCCUUUACCAUCUCUCUUCAACUUUAAACAGGAAUUAAAUGGGGCUUCUCCUGAGCUUGUUAAUAAGUUGAUACCGGAUCAUGUGAAACGACAAAUGGGUCUAAAUUUUAUGCACCUGGCCGGGACAUAAGCAAGUUAAGUGGUAUGGGAUUGAUAUCUAGCAGUUAUUUCUGUGGUACACCUGGCAGUUAUUUCAUCGUGAGGUCUGACCGGCAACAAUUCCCUCUACCAGGAUACAUAUGGAUCAGGCGGCUGGAUAGCUGUGCUUUCUUCAUGUUUUCUUCUCCCACGUUUUUCUCCCAAAUCCCAUCCCCCUUUUGUCAAACCCUUUUUGUUUAUGUACAUGUUUGAUAGUAAGAUAGCCUGAGGUGCACUUAUCAGAUAGCUGCUAGCAAGAGGUUAAAGGUGGAGAAGUGUUCAGCCGUAUAGCUAGGAAGAAGGCCCCUAAUAUAACGGCCCAAAGAAAAGGGGUGGGCCCUGGUGUUGGAUGUGGGGGGUUUGUUUUUACUUGCCCGUGUUGUUUCCUAUUAGUUUUUGUUGAUUUGUGGUGGCUGACUUGAAUUAAUUGCAGACAAUUGUCAUCACUCGCUUUAUGUGCAAAAGUAAUGCUAUUGCGUUCUCUUGUAGUAA